GUACGUAUUGGUUGGGAAGGACAGAAAGUUAGUCUGAAAUGGGAAUCUAAGCAUGCAUAGGGAGAAAAUGAAUCAUAACAAGAAAGAAAAGUGCAAGUUCAAAAGAACUUGUUGACAAAAGAAGAUGGCUUUCUUUGUCGCAUUAAAAUCUUUUAUGGAUCCAAAACGGCCAUGAAUGAUUCUGUUCUAGCUUUCAUUACGAAUUUACAAAUUGCUCUCUUUCCUCCUCAAUUCUCUAAUAACUAAGUUAUUGCUUUACUUCUCUAAUUUUUUUUCACCUUCUUCCUCUUCUUUCUAAAUAGUAAGCCAAAUCAUUUCUUUCUUUUGCUUGAAAAGAUAAAGGGUAUGGCAAGAAUUGAAGCUUUUGUUUGUGUAAUGGUUGUGGGUAUGGAUGUUGUUGCUGGAAUUCUUGGCAUUGAGGCUGAGAUUGCUCGAAAUAAGAUGAUCAUACACACAAACAGGAAGAAUUUUAGGUGUAGAGAAAGCGGUGAUGGAUUGAGGUUUGGAGUAGCUGCAGCUGCACUUUUAGCAGUAGCUCACCUUACAGCUAACUUGCAUGGAGGUUUCAUGUGCAUUUGUUGCAUGGAAGAGCUCGAAAGAUUGCCCAACAUUAACAGGCGACAAUGGUUUGCAUGUCUUGUUUUUGCAUGGAUUGUGGCUGCCAUUGCAUUUCCUAUGCUUGUUACAGGAACAUUAGAAAUUUCCAAAUCAAGAGAGUCCUGCACAGCCUUGCAUAGUCAUCUUCUUUUCAUUGGUGGAAUAUUUUGCUUUGUACAUGGUUUAUUCUGCUUUCUUCUCUGUAUUUCUGCAACUAUUAGCUUUGGAAAUGGAAGAACAAAUUAAAUCGACAUGGAUUCCAUUCCUAAUGUAUCUACCAUUCAGUUUAUCUUGAAUUAAUUAGUAUAUAAAAUUCAAAUCUUGAAGCGAA